AUUAACCACUAAGAUGUUUGCUACCCAAAGUGACUUAUUUAAUGCCGUUAUUCUCUCGAUAUUAGCUAAAUUUGCGAUAUCUUAAUCUGUGAAAUCCUUCCAAUCAGCGAAAUACAAUAACAAAUUUUAUAAAAGUUUAAAAAAGUGCUAGUUGAGAUUUUUAAAAAUUCGCUUAAUUUAAGAAUAUGAAGCAAGUGUCAUUCGAAGCACUCAAACUAAAGACUUUCCUCGAGUAUUUAGAAAGAUCGCCAUCUAUUGACAAUGCUCUAAUUCUGUUGCGUGAGCUGGAUUCUAUGAAAAAUGAAAAUUUCCAAUUCAUCCAAGAUGUUUUCUUAAGCCGGUUGUUGAUUAUGAUGGAUGCAGCUGAUGGAUUGAAGAAGAAUGAAUUUAAGACUGCCUUGCUGAAAUGUAUGACAAUAAUCUUAAAAGGCUCUCGGAUCAUGAAAGACCUCCCAUAUAAGACAAUUCUGUGUAUAGUAUUAAAGCAAAUCUUUGAUUAUCCAACAAACAGCUACAAAAAAGAACUUCCAGAGGAACUAAAAAUUGCAGUAUUUAAAUGCUUUGAAGCUGCAUCAACUCAAUUAGAAUUUGAUGUUAUUGAGAAGUUUAUGGUCAAUGAGAAUAAGAUUCUCUUGGGUCAAUGCAUCUUUAUCUGUAAGGAAGCAAUAUCUAAAGAAACUUAUUUAAAAUUAAGAAAAUCAGCAAUUGAAGCUUUAAUGGCUCUUACACAAUGUCAUGACAAAUUUGAUCAGAAUGAUUGUGUUCUUAAAGAACAAAUAUCAAAGAUUCUCUUCAUUGUCCUUCCACAAAUAGCAACUGUCUUGAUUAAAGUAUGUCAGGAAGAUUGUUUAAGAGGACCUAGUCUUAUACAAGUGGCCUUGAAAUGUCUUGGAAGAUUCUUGUGCCUUAUAUUAGAAGAUUAUGACAAGAAAAGUUUAAUUUCUGUUAAAAAUGAAGAUUUCUUGAAGCUAAUCCAAUCAGGCAGUGAUCAGGAAGUAGCCAUCAGCCCAAAAGUGACGAAACAGAAUGUCGAAAAAUUAGAAAAGUCAAAAGAAUGGAUGGCAACGACCUCACAGAACUUAUCAAAAAUCAUAAUAAACUUAAAAUCUCUUCGUGGCAGUGAAUAUGUCAAAAUUAGGCAUGAAUUUGCCGUCCUUAGUUUCAAUCUUCUGUGCAAGUGCCAAUCAAACUGCAAAUUAUUCAUGAGAUUUCUUUUAGAAAAUUUAAUUUUAUUCACUGACGAUUUCGAUGAAAAUAUCCAAAAAGUUUGUCAAGAUGGACUUAAGGAACUUACAGCCAUAAUACCCAACAUAAAUAAAGAAAUAUCUGAUUUGUUUUCGAUUCAUUUAGCGACCAUGCCUAGAAUAAUCUUAACAGGAUUAGAGUCAGAGCAGUAUGCAGGCAUAGCAUUAAUUAACAGUUACCUAAAGAUAUUCUCAAACAUUGAAGGUCAUUUAGAAGGUUUAUUUGAGAAUCCAAUGAUGCUUGAGAAGUUUAUUAAUAUUAUGAUCAGUUGCAGUGAAAUUGAUGCUCCAAAGGAACUUAUUUUUCACGAAACAGCUGGCGCUCUUAGUGAUGAAUUUUAUAAAAUGAAAAUGCCAUGGAAACACUUUAAAAAUCUUAAAAAUGAAUCUAUUGCCCAAAAAUUUUCAAGUGUCUGUAAAAAUAUUGGAAGUUCUAGGUUCUCUCAAGUCUGUGUUAAUUACUUAUUGGACAAUAUUAAUUCUAUUGAGUAUCUCGUCUUCCUGAAUGAAAUUCUUAAUUGUGAAAAGCAGAAAUUGUCACUAAGUUCCGAUCAGCUUGACAGCAUAAUGGAAGAAUUUCUAAAUGAAACUUAUUGGUCAUUUCCAACAAAAGCAGUCUCACAGGUUCCAAAAAAAGCAGGACGGGAAGAAUGGUUCGAAGAUCACACACCAGGACUUUAUGAAUCAGCUAUUGAAGUAAAGUUAACGGAUAUAUCAUUAAAUGACAAUAAUGAAGAACAACAAGUCAUUUUAAACCUUAAAACCAUUAAGUACAACAUCCUUUGUACAUGCACGAUUUUAGAAAUGACUGGAAAUAUUGCCUUAAAGCUUGAAAGUAAAUUCCAAAAGUAUAUUUUGCGAUGCCUUCAUAUGAUUCUUGAAAAGGCAGGUAACUCUAAUUUCCUCAUCAAAUCAGCAGGUCUUUAUGCUCUGCAAUGCAUCAGUCAAGCUAUGGGACAUACUGAAAUAUCUCAACUUAUUGAUGCUAACUCUGACUAUCUCCUAUUCAACAUCCACAAACUUUUAAGGCACGAUCACGAAAAUGAAGCCAUUAUUGACAUGAUGUCUGUAGUAUUUAAAUAUUCCAAAGCAUCAAUUACAGCUUAUGUUGAAGAUAUUGUUGAAAUGGCAGCUAAUCAUAUCAUUAAUGCAAAAUUCAGCCAGAAAACGGCUUCAUACCUAAAGUUAUUCAAGCUUUAUGUCGAAUCUGUAAGGCAAUGGAGUCCAGAAAUUGAAAUGGAAGUUGAUGUAGACAUUGAGACUGAUUGGGAUGAAUUUUAUCAACGAUGCCUUCAUAUUCUUGAAAACGGUGAUGAUAUUGACAUGCAAAUUAACAAUGAACAUCCAGAACAAGCUACUGAAGAGCCAAAAGAAGAUCCAGAAGAAAAUGAGCAACAGCCAGAAACAAAUGAAGUAGAAAAGACACCACAGCACAUCGAAUUGACCAUAAAGAUUCUCACUUCCUCAUUGCCAUACUUUGCAUCAUCAAAUCCUACUGAAGUGAUUUUCGCACAUGAAAUAUUUCAAAAUGGAUUUUCAGUUUUGCACUUUUACGAGAAAGAAUUCCUUCCGUUGGUCCAUCAAAUGUGGUAUCCAUUUACAAAGCAAAUUAAUGGAAAGGAUUAUGUUAUUUUACAAUAUUCAGUACGUCUUUUAAGUACCAUAGCAAAAUAUGCUAAAGAUUUCGUCUAUAAACGGUCAACAGACAAUGUCAUUCCAGUCAUCAAUAAGUUCUUAAACUCAUCAUUUAGUCACACAAAUAAGAAAGAAAAUUUGUCAUAUACUCAAGAAUUUAAGCUUCAGAAAGAGGUUUUAGAGAUUUAUGGUCAAAUUUCGGUAGAUUUAGGAAUUGUAGAGAAGGAACAAGACGAGAUAAUUGACAUAUUGAUGAUGUAUCAUAAUCAGCAUUCAAAUUCACAACUUAAAAGUUCUGCCAAAAAAUCAAUUGAUGCUAUUGCCAAAUUUGACCCAUUUGUGAUUAAGUAUAAGCUCAGUUUCCAAUAAAAUCAUGGAGUGGGAGGGGGUGGGGUGCAUGAAAACAAAAUUAAGAUUUUAACAGACCAAAUAUGUUUGAAAUUUAAAAAAAAGGAAUUCGCUUUGAAUAAAAUUUGAAAUUAAUAUGACAGUUAAAUCAAUUUAAAUCAUCUUGAAGCUCAAAGCUAAUAUUGUCUAAAUCAUCAUUUUGAUCGAAAUUUGAUAAGAAUUGUCUUGCCGAUUGUACAGGUAGAUGCUGUGCCAAGUUAUUGCCUGAAUCAUACAUUUCAUUAAAUGAAUCUGAGAACGGUUGACUGACAUUCUGUAAAUCCUCUUUAUAGCUGUAUUCAUUCACAUGACUGUCAUCUAUUGAUACUGAAAAUGUAUCGCUAAUGUUUUGUAAGUCCUCAUUAUCAUCUGGAAUUUGAUUAGAUCUUUGAGUUUCUUCCCAUGCUGCUGUAAAUGAUUUUUCCAUAGCUGGCAAUUUCUCUUUCCUAGGCGUCAAGUGUAAAGGAAGUGA